UCAUUGAAUGUUUAAUGGCAAUAAUAACUACCAACUAGUGGUAAUAAUAAUAGUGAUAAUGAUAGAAUAAAAUUAAAUAUUUCGAUUAUGAUUUUCUAUCAAAGUUUAAGGAUUUGUUUCUAUCCACUUAUUGAUGGUAAUAAAAAGAAAAUCUAUUCAAUCCCUACUCUAUUUACAAAUAUGGAAAAAAACAAUUAGGUUUAUAUUAUUUGAUAAAUUAUUUUAUGUAUGUCAGUGAUUAUCUAAAUGAAAAAGGAUUUAUUGUGGAAAUUUAUUUUACUUUUCUGUUUAAAAAUGAAUUAUUCCAUGUUUCAAGAUCAUAUUAUCACGUGGGAUAUUGAUAAUAAAUUAUUUUCAUCGAACGUAACAAUGUUCAGAGUAAAAGAAGGUGACAAUAUAGUUUUUAUAUGUCCUAGUGAUGUGAGAAGAAGUCAAAAAUUAUUUUGGACAAUGAGCAAAAAAACGUACGAUGAUUGUGGUGCACCUAGCUCGUCUCAAACUGUGAAGCUAUUGGACUGCAGUCAAAGCCCCAAAAACACAGAAUUCAUUUUAAAAGUCGCACAGUUUUCAGAAAUUCCUUAUUCUCCACAUUUUCGAGAAAACGAUUUUGUUUACUUUUUGGGUCAGCAUGAUUUAUGCUCGAUUUACAAUCUUCGUAUUGCUGUUAAAUUAGUCCCAGCUAAAACUGUAAAUAAUAAUCAAGAGUUAUCAACAUCAACUCAGAAAUUAAAUAAUUUUGUUAAUGACAAAGAUAGUUCUCCUAAUACUGUUACCUCAGAUACAUAUAAAUUAAAUCCACACAGAACUGAAACAUUAUCAGCAUGGACACGUUAUAGAUUUCUUCUCAUUCCAGGUUCACUUGGUUUUCUUACAUUGAUUGGAAUACAGGCUGUGAUUUGUGCAUUAUGGCAUCCAAAGAAAUCAACUCAAUGUAGAAUAUGUUGUUCAUCACAUAUAGUAAAUAAAUCAAACGAUACAACUAAUGAUACAAAUGAAAUAUCUAUAACACCUAUCGAAAUGUUAGAAACAUCAUUUACUAGAAAAUCAUUUGAAAAUCAUCAAAAUCAAUCUAGUCAAACAAAUACACUCAUAACUCAAUCAACUUUAAAUGAACAAUAUAAUAAAGAAAAUUUUAUGAAUAAUUCUAAACGAAAUUCUGAUAUUGUUAACAUUGUACAAGAUACAUAUACAUUAAAUAAAUGUAUUUUAGAUAAAUCACCAUCUACUAUUCAAGUAAUUACAAAUAAUGAAGUACCAAUUUUAACAAUACCAACAACACAAACAUCAUUAACAAAUAAUAAUUAUAAUGUACAGUUUUAUACUUGUCCAUAUCCUAUUGAUAAUAAUUUAACAUGUUUAGUUCCAGUGAAAGUUAAUAAAUCCACUGACAUCUUUUCUACUGAUAUAGUUAAUUUAGGAAGUGUUAUUAAUAUAUCUGUAUAAUUUAUUGUAUUGUAUUGUUUUUUUUUCUUUUUUCUUUUGUGUGUGUGUGUGUAAAUGUGUGUCUUUUCAUUAUUUUUGUUACUUUUAUGAAAAGAAAAACAUUGAAAAGAAGAAAAAAAAGAAGGAUUCAUGUUAACUUUAUUUAUGUUUCCAUAUGAAUAAGUGACUAUUUUGAAUCUUUUAAUAAAAUGAUUAAUAAGAUUAUUUAUAUUGAAAUGACAAAUGUGUAUAAAAUUAUAAUAAACUAUCAUUUUGAUAAGAAACAGAAAAAAAAAGACGAAGAAUCGUACGGAAAUUAACUUUCAGGGAGGAUUAAAGUGACCUGAAUUUGUGUAUGAGUAUUAG